AGAAUGUCAUAAUUACUGUGAUGAAAAGCAUACACUUUCUUGUCAAUUAUUCAAUCGUAUCGCUUGUUAAAGAAUAAUAAUAUAAGGUCUUACUAGAUUGAAGACAUUACCUUCGUUAACAUGCACAUCAGAUACUUUAACGGGAGAUUCAAAGAUAGAUCUGUCGGAAGAGAGUAAAAUCAUGCUUGGCAAAUCGUCAACUCGAGUUAAUAAAAUGAUUUCCAAUGCGAAUCUUUCUACAAGAAAAUUAUGGAACAAUGCGUCCAAGUCGACCAGACAUUCCAUUGCUAUAAAUGACGUAAUCGAAGAAGAAAAUGAGCUUAUUGGAGCGUUGACGAAACAAUUGCACUUAGCUGAGUCACAAAUGCGAAAAAUGCAAUCCGUUUUGACGAAAACCGAGGAAGGCUUGCGAACCAAAGAUCAAGAAAUUGGACGCUUAAAGCGGAAGAUUAAAGAAUGGGAAACCAAAUACAAGAGUCAGGAAUUGGUACGAAAGAAAGAGCAACGAAGUCAGGCUAAUAAUUUCGAAUAUUUUUAUCAACGAUGUUUAGGGUUAGAACACAAGAUUAAAGAGAUGGAGAAAUUCUUGGCUGAUUACGGAUUAAUAUGGGUGGGUGAUCCCAAAAGUACGGCAAACGUAGAUGGUAGCAAUGAUUUUAUCAACGCCUGUUAUGAGCAGUUAGUAGCAAAUAUCGAUCAAUUGAAUCUGGCUGUGGGAAAAGGUGAAGUUUAUAUUCAUCAUGAGAAAGGAGGAGGAGCGACGUUCAAAACUCCUUCCUGCAUGGCAUUGAAAUUUUAUAAAAACGGUAUGUGCGUCAAUGGAGGACCAUUGCGAUCUUAUAAUGAUCCGACUGCGAUCUCGUUCAUUCGCGAUAUUUUGGAUGGAUACUUCCCGUCUGAAUUACAGUGUGAAUAUCCUGAUGGAGUACCAUUUAUGAUAGAAGAUCGUAGAAUAGAAUUGCAUGUAGAUAAUUCCGCUAGUUUUCCCGGUCAAGGAUAUCGAUUGGGAAAACAAUCUCCAGUAGAUAACUUGUUACCGGCAAAUUCACGCAAAUCAACCAACGUUUACCCAAGAUCUACUCGUGCAAACCCUUCACCAAAAGAUAACACUCCUGAGAACAUCCCGCCUUUAUCACUUCCAAACCGGUAUUAUCACUACUCAGUCUGGACAAAUAAAUAUCGAAAUAUUUUGUUAGAUCCCGGAACCUCUUUAGAAUCGCCUUCUGCCGAUUUAUUUUCUCUGAGAUCGCAAAUUUUGGCUUCGCAUAAUAAUGUCUGCUCUAAUACCCAUCUUCAGUCUCAUAUUAACGCUGAGUUAGUACGAAGCAGUCGACGAGAAAAACCUCCAGUAUUGUGUCAGAUUAAUGAAGCGACUGGAAAAUCUAACGAAUUGCGACUGAAAGUUAGAUCGUUGACCGGUAGUAUUAUAUAUCUGGUGCAUGUAUUAGCCGACGAAUCAGUGGCAAAAUUAUAUGAAUUACUUGACAAAGCUAUGCAAACGUCUGGGUAUAGAGGAUAUAAAGUAGUGUUGAGCGGGUAUUCGUCGAAGAGGUUACAUCGUAUAAAUACGUCCUUAAAAGAAAAUGGAAUUAGCAGAGAUUGCGUUCUCCAUCUUGUGAAUGAUUAAAUAUUUAUUAGUUUGUAAAAAUAAACUUUAUUUUUCUAUAUAUUGUGCAAAAACAAGUGCGUGAAAUCGUGAAAAUUUUGAAUCUUUGAUAUAUACAUUUGCAAAUAAAACAUAUGUAUGGACAAUUUAUAUUACAUUCUAUACUUUUAAAACUUUAUUUUCUAAUAUAAGUUAUUCCUAAAGUAAUUAUUUCUAAAA